GCUGAAUGUGAAGCCUGGCACCGUCUGCCUCAGAACCUCAUCCCUUGAAGGAUAACGGGACUGGGCAGCGUGUAGUCCCGGGUUCUUCCUCAUCUGUGUUCCCAGGAUUUUACAUGUUUUCACAAGGGAAUCAGGAUAGAGUCAGAGGAUCAGAGUUCUUUCCCCGCCGCCGUCGGGGGAUUCUUUCGGGAAAAGGAACUUUAGCGUUCAGAAGAUCGCAGCCGGUGGUACUCCAGUCCGAGAGAAAAGCAAAGUCUUCUGAGCGAGGCUGCUGGAGCAGCUUUUAGUUGCUGACUAAGCAGAACAAGACUUCAGACAGUGCCGCGCCUGCCCAGACCCCCAAGAGGGAACCAGCAGGAUCAAAAUCGGAGCUCUUAGAAAGCCCUGCCGCUUGGAAACCUGCACAGGGAGCACAGAAGGAGCUCGUGUGAGAGCCAAGGAGGGGCCUUCCGUUCCCCUCCUGCCUCCUCCUGUCACCCUCUCUCCAGGACAGCUGUCCAGCUCUUGUAAUUCAUUGGCUUUCCCCGCCCCGCCUUCAAAAUACCACCCCAAUCCAGUUUAGUCCCCUGCCUCACCCUGCUGACCUAAUAAGGCCAUGCACACUGCAAGAGACCUAUAUAAAAGUCGGGACUCGUGGGGACUUUGCAGGACACCUGGAGCAAGAAAAGGAAGAGCUGUCCAGCUUGGAGAACCAAGAAGGUGACCAUGGCUAAGGAGUGGGGCUACGCCAGUCACAAUGGUCCUGAGCACUGGCAUGAACUUUAUCCAAUUGCCAAAGGAGACAACCAGUCACCCAUUGAGCUGCAUACAAAAGACAUCAGGCAUGACCCCUCUCUGCAGCCUUGGUCAGCAUCUUAUGAUCCCGGCUCUGCAAAGACCAUCCUGAAUAAUGGAAAGACCUGCAGAGUUGUGUUUGAUGAUACUUACGACAGGUCCAUGCUGAGGGGUGGUCCUCUCUCUGGACCCUACCGACUUCGCCAGUUCCAUCUUCAUUGGGGUUCCUCAGAUGACCAUGGCUCUGAGCACACGGUGGAUGGAGUGAAGUAUGCUGCUGAGCUCCACCUGGUUCACUGGAACCCAAAGUACAAUACCUUUGGAGAAGCUUUAAAGCAACCCGAUGGAAUUGCUGUUGUUGGAAUUUUUCUGAAGAUAGGACGGGAGAAAGGAGAGUUCCAGUUUAUCCUUGAUGCCCUAGACAAAAUUAAGACCAAGGGCAAGGAGGCUCCUUUCACUCACUUCGACCCAUCGUGCCUGUUUCCUGCUUGCCGGGACUACUGGACCUACCAUGGCUCCUUCACCACGCCGCCCUGUGAAGAGUGCAUCGUGUGGUUGCUGCUGAAGGAGCCCAUGACGGUGAGCUCAGACCAGAUGGCCAAGCUGCGUAGCCUCUUUGCCAGCGCUGAGAAUGAGCCCCCGGUGCCCCUAGUGGGGAACUGGCGUCCUCCGCAGCCCAUCAAGGGUAGGGUGGUGAGGGCCUCUUUCAAGUGAGGCUCUGGUUCCGUCCUCUUCAGGAAAGAAUACCUGCCCCUGAAGAGUUAACUGCCUCCUGGUGCUCUGUGCUCUAUGCUACCCUAAAACACCUAGAGGGAAAAAGAUGCAGUCGCAGGAAACCGCAAUGCCUUUGACACUAUCUAACCCAGAAGCAUGAAUUUCACCCCUAACCUUUGCAACAACUAUGUUUUCUAUAAAAAUUAGUAUUUCUAGCAUGGGUUCAAUGAGAAAGAAAUAGAAAAAUAGAGAUAUGGAACUUAAUGAGCAUACUAAAUUUCUCAGAACCUCAUGGCUCCUGUUUCCCAGCUGAGUUACUGCUAUACAGAAGUAAUAGGUCAUGUUAUAUGUGUGGGUAUGGAGGCAUGUGCCCACCCUACCACAGUUAAGUGAAGGCACAAGUUAAGAUCAUUGUGUUUGACCUCUUAAAUGCCAGUGAAACUCUAUCACUCGUUAAAAUUUUGCCUACUAUGAAGUUUGCCUGGUUUCAAUUGUCUGUAAAACACACACACACAAGAUCAAGUGAUUUAAAAUGUUUGAUCCAGCAUUUGAAUUUUUCCUUCAUAAAGAUGGUUUUCUUUGAAGCAGGGCCAUUUCUUUUUUAUUUCACUACUUUCAUUUUUGCAUGCCUAUUAAAAUAAUAAUAAAGAUAAGA